AAUAGGAAUUCCCUCUGAAGCUGCUCUGGCAUCACCUGGUCCAGGUGUUUAAUAAGAAGGGAUGUGCACUCCCCACAGGCUACUGCUUCUCUGCCAGUUCACAAAUUUUUCCUCAGUUGAAGCCUGUAUCUGGUUCUAAUAACUCCCAGGGUUGCCCCAAAGUUCCUCGAGACCUCAGAGAUCCAGUCUCUGAACUUCUCCAGGACGGCCCUUGAGAGACUGAAGGCAGAGUAGGUGAAAGCGUUGCUAAUACCAUUAUGAAGGGCCUAAAAACCCAGGGUGAACUGUGUAUAUCCCAGAGAUCACUGCAGGAGUCAUGAGGUGCCCUGUGUGUCACCAGCUUGACCCAGGCCCCUGGCCACUUACUCUGUUGUUGCCUGCGGUGAUCCUGUACCAUCCAUGAGGAGGAAAAUUAGCUCUUUGAAGAGAAAGUGGUUCCUUAUUUCAAGCACUGGCUUCUCACUGCAGGAGGUGGGCAAUGGAUGAGACUGUUUGGUCCAGGUGAUCAGAACUGAGGCCAGUUUUGUGACAGUGUUGUGAUUCGGCACAGCAUGCCCCCUCCUUCCAGGACAAGGGAGGGCAGGGAUCACCGGGACCGCCAUCGGGCUCCCAGUGAGGAGGAGGCCCCGGAGAAAUGGGACUGGAAUUGUCCAGAGACCCGGCGUCUCUUUGAGAAUGCCUUCUUCCGUGAUGAGGAUUACAUCCGCCAGGGUUCAGAGGAGUGCCAGAAGUUCUGGACUUUCUUUGAACGUUUACAGAGAUUCCAGAAUCACAAGACCACCAGGAAGGAGGAGAAAGACCCUGGACAUCCCAAGCCCAGCAUCCCAGCACUGGCCGAUCUCCCUCGAACUUAUGAUGCGCGUUACCGCAUUAACCUCUCUGUCCUUGGCCCUGACACUCGGGGCUCUCGGGCUCCGGGCAGGCACCUGCCACCGGAGAGAGUGUCUGAGUUCCGCCGAGCCCUGUUGCACUACCUGGACUUCGGCCAGAAGCAGGCCUUUGGGCGGCUGGCCAAACUGCAGCGUGAGCGGGCAGCGCUUCCCAUCGCCCAGUAUGGGCACCGCAUCCUGAAGACGCUGAAGGAGCACCAGGUGGUGGUGGUGGCAGGUGACACGGGCUGCGGCAAGUCCACCCAGGUGCCCCAGUACCUGCUGGCCACUGGCUUCAGUCAUGUGGCAUGCACCCAGCCCCGGCGAAUUGCCUGCAUCUCACUGGCCAAGCGUGUUGGCUUUGAGAGCCUCAGUCAGUAUGGCUCACAGGUUGGCUACCAGAUCCGCUUUGAGAGCACGCGUUCGGCGGCCACCAAGAUUGUGUUCCUGACAGUGGGCUUGCUCCUGAGGCAAAUCCAGCGAGAGCCCAGUCUGCCCCAGUACCAGGUCCUGAUCGUGGAUGAAGUCCACGAGCGGCACCUCCACAACGACUUCCUCCUGGGUGUCCUCCGGCGCCUGCUGCCCCAGCGGUCUGACCUCAAGGUCAUCCUCAUGUCGGCCACCAUCAACAUCUCGCUCUUCUCCAGCUACUUCGGCAAUGCCCCUGUGGUGCAGGUGCCCGGGAGGCUCUUCCCCAUCACGGUUGUGUACCAGCCACUGGAGGCCGAGCCGACAACGUCCAAGUCGGAGAAGCUGGACCCGCGGCCCUUCCUGAGGGUGCUGGAGGCCAUUGACACUAAAUACCCUCCCGAGGAGCGGGGCGACCUUCUCGUCUUCCUCAGCGGCAUGGCGGAGAUCAGCGCCGUGCUCGAGGCCGCCCAGACCUAUGCCAGCCACACCCAGCGCUGGGUGGUGUUGCCACUGCACAGUGCCCUCUCUGUGGCCGACCAGGACAAGGUAUUUGACGUGGCCCCCCCUGGCGUCCGGAAAUGCAUUCUCUCCACCAACAUUGCCGAGACAUCAGUUACCAUUGAUGGGAUCCGCUUUGUGGUAGAUUCUGGGAAGGUGAAGGAGAUGAGCUACGACCCCCAGGCCAAACUGCAGCGGCUGCAGGAGUUCUGGAUCAGUCAGGCCAGUGCCGAGCAGCGGAAGGGCCGAGCGGGCCGCACAGGCCCCGGCGUCUGCUUCCGCCUCUAUGCCGAGUCGGACUACGAUGCCUUCGCCCCCUAUGCGGUCCCGGAGAUCCGGAGGGUAGCCCUGGACGCGCUGGUGCUGCAGAUGAAGAGCAUGAGCGUGGGAGACCCCCGAACCUUCCCCUUCAUUGAGCCCCCACCACCCGCCAGCCUAGAAACGGCCAUCCUCUACCUCCAGGACCAGGGGGCCCUGGACAGCUCAGAGGCCCUCACCCCUAUUGGGUCCCUGCUAGCCCAGCUUCCUGUGGACGUCGUGAUUGGGAAGAUGCUCAUCCUGGGCUCCAUGUUCCGCCUGGCGGAGCCCGUGCUCACCAUCGCCGCCGCCCUCAGUGUCCAGUCACCCUUCACCCGCAGCGCCCAGAGCAACCUGGAAUGUGCAGCAGCACGACGGCCCCUGGAGAGUGACCAGGGUGACCCCUUCACGCUCUUCAAUGUCUUCAAUAACUGGGUGCAGGUGAAAUCUGAACGGAGCAGAAACUCACGCAAGUGGUGCCGCCGCCGGGGUAUAGAGGAGCAUCGGCUAUAUGAGAUGGCCAACCUGCGGCGCCAGUUCAAGGAGCUGUUGGAGGACCAUGGGCUGCUGGCCGGGGUCCAGGCUCUGAAGCCGGGGGACAGCUACAGUCGGCUGCAGCAGCGCCGGGAGCGCCGGGCCCUAUACCAGCUGAAGCGCCAGCACGAGGAGGGCGGGGGGCGCAGGCGCAAGGUGCUCUGUCUGCAGGAGGACCAGGACGGCUGCUCCAGCGAUGAGGACCGGGGUAGCACAGCCUCCCGGGGGACUAGAGACAAUGUGGACAUCCAGGAUGUGAAGUUUAAGCUGCGGCACAACCUGGAGCAGCUGCAGGCGGCCGCCAGCUCGGCGCAGGCCCUGACCCGGGACCAGAUGGCCCUGCUCAAGCUCGUGCUGGGCCGGGGCCUCUACCCGCAGCUCGCCAUCCCCGACCCGUUCAACAGCGGCCGCAAGGAUUCGGACCAGAUUUUCCACACCCAGGCCAAGCAGGGCACCGUGCUGCACCCCACCUGCGUCUUCGCUAGCAGCCCCGAGGUGCUGCACACACAGGAGCAGGAGGCCAGGGGCGGCGAAGGGAGCCAAGAUGACAAGGACAAGAUGCGCACCAGGCACCAGCUCCUCACCUUUGUUUCCCUGCUGGAGACAAACAAGCCUUACCUGGUGAACUGCGUCCGCAUCCCGGCUCUCCAGUCCCUCCUGCUGUUCAGCCGGUCCCUGGACACCAAUGGUGACUGUUCCCGCCUGGUGGCCGAUGGCUGGCUGGAGCUCCAGCUUGCGGAUAGUGAGAGUGCUGUCCGGCUCCUGGCAACUUCCCUGCGGCUCCGUGCCCACUGGGAACAUGCCUUGGACCGGCAGCUGGCUUAUCAGGCCCGCCGGCGGCGGCAACCAAAGGAGGAGGAGGAGGAAGAGGAAGACGAGGAGGCUCCUGUCAACCGCAAGGAGGUGGAGGCCCUGAGCAGGGAGCUGCUGCAGUUCAUGGCAUCCAAGGUUCUCUACAGCCUCCGGCGGCUCACGGGGCUGGAAGUCCAGAACCUCUAUGUGGGACCCCAGACCAUCACAACUACCCCCAGUCUCCCUGGCCUCUUUGGCAGCUCUACCCUGUCCCCCCACCCCACCAAAGGGGGCUACACAGUCACUGACUUCCUCACCUACAAUUGCCUCACUAGUGACACGGACCUGUACAGCGACUGUCUCCGCACCUUCUGGACCUGCCCCCACUGCGGCCUGCACAUGCCUCUGACGCCUCUGGAGCGCAUCGCCCAUGAGAACACCUGCCCCGAGGCCCCGCAGGAAGGCCCCCCAGGGCCUGAGGAAGCCGCCCCUGAGCCCCCACAGAAGACCUCGGCCCUGCAGAGGCCUUACCACUGUGAGACCUGCCAGCAGGACUUUCUGUUCACGCCCACGGAGGUGCUGCGGCACCGGAGGCAGCAUGUGUGAACCCAGCGCAGGGACAGGGCCUCCUCCUGAGCACCUCCCUGCCUGGGCUCAGAACUAUGGCCUGCCCCCAAGUAGGGAGGGUGUGUGAGUCAAGUGUCACAUACCGAGUCGGACCUUUAAGCCUGCUCCUGCCCACCCGGCAAGGAGCAGCUGCCCUGUUGGUUGUCCCCAUUGUCCCGCUGUUAUGCUGUCUGAUGGGUCCCAGGGUGGAUAUGGCCCAGAAGGGACUUCAGCUUUGGGGGCAGGAUCUUGGUUGGCGCCUCCGGCUGCUGCUCUCGCCUGAGUCUGUACUGGGGCCUUUGCUCUCCCUUGAACUAGGGAGACCAGGCACUGGCCCAUCCAUGUGUGUGACAUUUAGAGUUGGUGAGGAGGGCGGUGUCAGUGUUCACCUGGGACCACAGGCUGCCCUACAGGACCCACCCCCAGCACGGUCACCGGGGCCAUUCCUGCUGCAGGGCCCAUGGGCAGUUCUGAGCCGUCCCCUCACGACUUCCCAGCUAUGCCGCCCCCCUUCCUGAAGUGCCUCCUGCCUUGGUGGGGAAGGAGGGUGUCCCUGCCGUAGAUCUCCCCGCUCCCUGGCUGCUGUUCCUGGGCUCCUGUCAGCCCUCCCUCCCUACAUGUAGUGGGGCCUGCCCUGCCCUCACUGCCCUCCGCCUGCCCUCACCUGGGAGCACUCACCUUGGCUUCAUGCUAACCACCCCGUCUCUCCCCCUCCCCUGGCCCUGACCGCUGCCCACAGCCCCA